UUUAAGGCCUUAAUUUUAUAUCCAAUUCGUAACGUUGUUCAAUAAAAGCCAAAAAUUAUAAGUUUUUAAUUGUUAAAAUUAAUAAGUUGUUAUUGUAUUCAAACUAAGUAUGAAAAUUGUUCUAUAACAAAAAAAUAUGGAGGACUUAUACUAUGUUGAGUUAUGCAAAAAUCCAAUAAGAUUUGACGCUGCUAGUCAAUUAAAUAAUGCCUUUUUCGACGAUUCGAAUAAACAGAUAUUUACAGUACGUUCUGGAGGAGCCACAGGUGUUGUGGUAAAGGGUCCCACAGAAAAGGAUAUAAUUUCUUUUUGCAUGGAUGAUAAAGGUCCGAUUAGAUCUAUUAAAUUUUCUCCCGAUAACAAGAUUUUGGCAGUUCAAAGAAAAGAAAAUUUGGUUGAAUUCAUAUGUUUUCGGGAUGGACAACCUCAGCCUAACGAAAUUAUUCAAUAUAACUCAAAAUAUGUUAUAUAUGGUUUUUUUUGGGUACAUAACAGAGAUGUAGCUAUAGUUUCUGAAAAUGGAAUACAAAUAUUUACAACGAAUAUUGAGAAAAAACAAAUGAAAUUAAUUAAAAGUUCCCCGAUGCCUGUGAAAUGGUUUACUUGGUGUUCCGAAGGGAAUCUAGCACUGCUAUCAUGCGAAGGAAAUAAUAUUUAUCCUGUUAGAAUAAAACAAAAAGUGAUAGAAAAAUUACCGAAACUAGACUUGGAAACUAAUAGAGAAAUACCUGAGCGAGAGGUGACUUUGGGACAGAUAUACGGAAAAUUAGCAGUACUUAUAUUGCAACAAAACUCAAACCGUUUGUUAGAAGUCUUAGUUUAUCUGCUAGAUGGACCAGGACUUGCACCGAGAAAAUCUCACGUUUUGCGGUUAGGUCAUGGUGGACGAUUUGCGAUGAAUGUCGUGGAUAAUUUAAUUAUAGUACAUCAUCAGGCUUCAGCUACCUCAAUGUUAUUUGAUAUUAAUUUGAAAGGUGAAGACAUUAAUGAUGUAACAUAUCAUGCGCCUGUGACACCGGGAAGGACGAUAAAACCUUUUUCUUUAAAAUUACCCAGCUUGUCGCCAGAUGGACAAACGAUGGAUUGUGAAUUAUAUUCCAUAAACUGGGUUGUUUUUCAACCAAAUGUAGUUAUAGAUGCAAAAUUAGGUUGUAUGUGGUAUUUAAGCUUGCAAAUGGACUCUCUUUGCAAUCUUAUAACGGAUAGAGUUCGUUUAAUAGAAUUUUUGCUGCAGAGAGUUCAUGGAGAGGUAGUAAUUUUAAGAGUUUUGAAGCAAUUGGUGGAUGAGAAUUACAAUGGCACUUUACUACCAACUUUAGAGAAUAUAUUUGACAAAAUUAAUAAAUUUUAUAAAGAUUGGUUAAUAAUCCAAAUGCAUAAUCAAACGGCUCUACCUUCCUCACAAAAGAAUUUGCCUAAAUUACCAACACUUCCUAGGGUAGUAAUAGAUCAAACGGAAAUGCAAAAUCGUGUAUUUGCUUCUAUUUCUGAAAAGCCUCAUGCCGAAAAGGUUUUGUUGCUUUAUAUUAAUUCAUUAAAUAAACAUGAAAUAAUCGCAGAAGAAAAUCUUAGUAAAAUGAUAGUUUCCGAAUUGAUAAGGAAUAAUCAUUAUGGAACUCUCCAAAGAUUAGUGGAUUAUUCAUUAAUAAUGGAAUCCAAACCGAUUGCGUGUUUUUUGCUUUCUCAUUCAAAUGUGCAUCCAAUAAUAACUCAAACGGCUUUGGAUAUGUUAAAGAAAAUUAACGCUACUGAAUUUAUUUUGGAAGUAUUGCUUGAGCAGGGAAAAAUUGUUGAUGCAUUAAAAAUAUUAAAAUCUCUGCCAGGAAAUUCAGCAGAAACCAUCCCAGCUAGAAAAUAUUUGGAAGCAGCAAAAUCGACAAAAGACCCCUUAGUAUUUUAUGCUACUUUCAAAUAUUUUCAACAAAGAAAUCUAAAGUUACGUGAAAAUAUAGAACCUCUUAAUAAUUAUGUUCAGCAUUUUAACAAAUUAUUUCCAUCUCAACAGUAAAAUUUUUUAGAUAUUUAAGUUUUAAUUGCAUGAUUUUUAAAUUUUAACAAAUAUGUACAUCUAAAUGUAUGAUUAUGUUAAGUAAAAUAUGUUGUCAAAAUAUUAAAUUUAAAGUUAUUGGGGGUAUGUAUAUGAACACUCAAGUAACUUAAUAAUAUUAAGUAUAUUUUAAAUUUUGAUUUUUCAAAUAUUGUGAUAGGUGUAUAAUUUGUUUUGUUAAUUGGAUUCCAUAGUAUUGUGUACGUAUUAAAGUAUUUAAAAGCCAUACAAGUAAAUUAUGAUAUA